AUGGACGUAAGACUGCAUCUGAAGCUAACCGCUUUUCUGUGUUUUAUCUGCCUGUUUUUAACGCCUUGUGGAUUAGCCUGUGGUCCUGGUAGAGGUUAUGGAAAACGAAGACACCCAAAGAAAUUAACCCCGUUGGCUUACAAGCAAUUCAUUCCCAACGUGGCUGAGAAAACCCUAGGGGCCAGCGGCAAAUACGAAGGCAAAAUCACAAGGAAUUCUGAGCGAUUUAAAGAGCUGAUUCCCAAUUAUAAUCCCGAUAUCAUCUUUAAAGACGAGGAAAACACAAAUGCUGACAGACUGAUGACACAGCGCUGUAAGGACAAGUUAAAUUCUUUGGCGAUAUCCGUCAUGAACCAGUGGCCGGGCGUCAAACUGCGCGUCACUGAAGGAUGGGAUGAGGACGGUCACCAUUUCGAAGAAUCUUUACACUACGAGGGACGAGCGGUGGACAUUACUACCUCGGACAGGGAUAAAAGCAAGUAUGGGAUGCUAUCAAGGCUUGCAGUCGAAGCAGGAUUUGACUGGGUCUAUUACGAAUCUAAAGCCCACAUACAUUGCUCUGUCAAAGCAGAAAAUUCAAUCGCUGCCAAAUCAGGGGGAUGCUUUCUUGGAUCUGGCACAGUAACACUUGCAAAUGGGAGGAGGAAACGUAUCAAAGAUCUUAAAGUGGGCGACCGGGUUUUAGCUGCGGACGAGAAGGGAAAUGUCUUAUUAAGCGACUUCAUUAUGUUCAUGGACCAUGAUCCGACAACGAGAAGGCAAUUCCUCGUCAUAGAGACAUCGGAGCCUUUUAAAAAGCUCACCCUCACAGCAGCGCACCUAGUCUUCACUGGAAACAGUUCAGCGAUGAGAGCAACAUUUGCCAGCAAUGUGAAGCCUGGAGACACGGUUUUAGUGUCCGAAGGCAUACACAAGACCCUCAAGAGCGUUACAGUGACGAGGAUUUACACGGAAGACUACGAGGGCUCUUAUGCGCCUGUCACCGCUCAAGGAACCAUAAUAGUGGAUGAGGUGCUGGCUUCGUGCUACGCGAUUAUUGAGAAUCACACAUGGGCACAUUGGGCUUUUGCACCGGUCAGGUUAAGUCAUGAGUUGAUGAUGUGGAUUUUUCCAGCUCGUGAUUCAAACUUCACUUUUCAGGAGGAUGGCAUCCACUGGUACUCAAAUAUGCUGUUUCACAUUGGCUCUUGGCUGCUGGACAGAGACUCUUUCCAUCCACUCGGAACUUCACACUUGAGCUGAGACUGCAGCUACAGUCAGUAUUGCUAUAUGUGGGCAUCAAUUUAACAGACUCAAAUGUAUCUUUAUUUUCUGUAAGAAAAGCCUUAAUGUGGUCAUUAAAUAAUUUAUUUGUAUUGGCUCAUUUGUCUCUGGAAACGUACACACUGAUUUAAGCAUGAUGUGACCGUUUUAUGCGCAUUUUGUUAAACCUACAAGAGAUUAAAAAAUUGUAGGCUUGCUACUUCACCGGAGGAAGCAUUGUAUUUACAGUGCUGUAGCUACAAUGUGCAACCGACUGUUCUGAUUUAUUGGAUACGCAUAGGAUGGCGCUCAAAAAUUAUAUUUUUUAUACACAGAUUUGUAUAUUAGAUUUUUGACAGAUCUAAAGUAUUUCCAGAAUCAUAUUUCGUUAUUUGAAAUAGUGCAAAGUAUGGAAGUGUGUUAAAUUUAUUUAAACAGCUGCAAUGUAUCAACGAACUGUUCACGUCAUUAUGUCAUUAUGAGUUUAAGUGCCAUUGUUUUUACCACUGUUUCAACGGUUGUGUAUUUACUACACUAACCGUUUUUGAUUUAAGUGUACCUUUCCUGACAAAAGUACUCAAA